UGAGCUCUUCAUUUGACCCUUUCCAUUUCUUCUUCCAUCUCUUGCUCUCAUCUCCCAACUUGCCGAAAUCAUCAGGUUUUCCGUUCUCGAUCUCUAAAUUUCCAGUUUUAACGCCGAUCUGUGGUUUUUUUCCUUAUGGAUUCGCAGAGUUGCCAUGUUGUCGACAUCCCCACCGACGUUAACUCCGGCGAAGAGUCGCACGGGAAAGCCAACUCCGGUGAACAAGCGCUGCAGUAUCAUCCUUUGAGCCAGAUCGCAGAGAGCCCCGGCCAUCUGCUCCUCCUCAAGCUCUGGCAGCGCGAGGAGGACCUCCACGGUCGCCGCGCCGCGGCCCUCGAGGCCCGCAUGGACGCCGCCAAGCGCGCCGUCUUCCGCCUCUCCUGCGUCUUCCUCGCCUUCCAUGGCCUCUCCUUCGCGCUCCUCUUCAACGCCUCCGUCGCCGGCGCCUCCUGCAGAGGCUGGUGGCUCCCCUCCAGCCUCUCCCUGACCUCCUCGCUGGCGGUGGCCGGCGCGGUGCAGGCCGCCGUGCUCGCCUACUGGCGGAUAUCGCGGCGGCUGCAGAGGGAGCGCGAGGACGGGCGGGCGCUCGCGCGGUGCGUGCAGGAGCUGCGGAUGAAGGGUGCGGACUUCGACCUCUCCAAGGAGCCACAAAAGAGCUCGAAGCGGAUGAAGAGCUCGAGCGUGGAGGUCAAGUGGCGGCCGCUCGCCUGGUGCUCGCGCAACCUCGUCACCAUUUGCCUCCUUUCCGUUGCCGGAAUCCUCUUCCCUGCCUUCCGAUUCGUACUCUGCGGUUGAUGCUACACCAAAAGCUCUUCCUUUUGCUCGCGACUACGACCAUGGUUCUGUUACUUUGGCAAUUUGGAUUGCCAACUUGUAAUUCUUCAACUGUUCUUUCUCAGUUCACGUUUGAUUAGACGAUCUUAUCCAAAACCAAAAAACAAAAAAACUCGAAUCUUUAUUCAAUAAAUCUGUGCUUGUUUGGGAAGAAGAACUCAAUCAUUCUGACAAUAUACAAGAU